AUGCCUACCCUGAAACCUCGGCUAUUGGCUAACAUCAUUAGGAUUAUCGAGGCAGAGGAGCAUGUUGCAAAGUCCUACAAGAGACUCAAGAAAGCCAUGGAGCAGGCCAGGAGACAUAAGAAGAUCGCCAACCGCUUGAAGAAGCGCUGCUUUCGUCUCGGCAAUCCGAAGGUCUCUACAAAGAUCUAUCAAUCCGGCACCAUUAAGAACGAGAAUCAUGGCCUUAUCAAGCUCCCAGUCGAGGUCAAGAAGAUUAUCUUCAAAGCACUCCCAACCGCGGCUGAUCGUGCCUGCCUCGGGCUCGCCUGCAAGGAUCAAGCGGCAGUCUAUGACCAACUUAAGACGGAGAAGAACAAGAAAGACUACGCUCAACACGUUCCGAAACGCGCGACCGACGUUCAUCGCCUCCAGAUGCUUAUCCGCCUCAAGCCCGACAUGCCGGCAAAGUACCGUAUCUGUUACCUCUGCCUCCAAUUCAUCGACACCACACACCCUGACAAUGCAGGCUUAUGGGGAGGAAGUGAAAAUCGAGUCAGCGGUGGCAAGACAACCAAGACUGCGAUGAUUGAAGGUCCCCGUUGCCCGUUGUGCGUUGCCGCCAAGAAGCUCGAGGCCGCGAAGUACAAGGAUACUUACAAGAAGUAUCUCGCUCUUGUUGAUAAGGUAUCCUUCAAGUAA